AAAAAUACCUGGUAUGCAAGAAAACAAUCCCAGUCUUCUCUUCUCUCCCUUCCCUUCAUGUACAGGUUAGGUCACCCAUCUCUCCUAUCUCUCAUCUCUUCUCUCUCUUCAGAUCCAAGACCACCCAUAUCUCUCUCUCUCUCAUGGCCUUCAAGUUCAACCAUAGAAAGUUGAUACCAAAUUUUCUCAAUGAUACCAUAACACAGAUGUGUACACCAUACUACUGUAACCCAACAAAGAACAAAGAAGGAGCUUGUCCAUUUUCAUGUAUCAUCUACUGUUACCCAACUUGUUACCAAUCAAUCAUAUCUGAAAUCGAACCUCCAGAAUACCCUCUAUCCCCCUUAAAUGAUCACCCAAACAAAACCCACAAACACUCUCUCUUCGUCAUCAUCUCUCUUUCCAUUCUCGCCACUGUUUUCUUUCUCCUCUUUUGUUUCACCAUCUACAAGUUUUAUACAGGAUGGUACAGAUCAAGAAGGAGAUCAGAGCCACAAGAAGAAGAGAUUUAUGGUGAUUUUUUGAAUGAAAAUCAUGGGCCUGUAGUGGAUCAUCCCAUAUGGUUUAUCAGAACUGUUGGUCUUCAACCAUCAGUAAUCACAGCAAUCUCAAUUGUUAAGUACAAGAGAGGUGAGGGUCUAGUGGAAGGAACAGAGUGCUCUGUUUGCUUGAAUGAGUUUCAAGAAGAUGAGACUCUUAGGCUAUUGCCAAAAUGUAACCAUGCUUUUCACUUGCCUUGUAUUGAUACUUGGCUUAGAUCACACACAAAUUGCCCCAUGUGCCGUGCCAGAAUUGUGAUCAACCUGGCGGUCUCGCCAUCCCCGGAGCAGAGUGACAGCAAUUUGGGUCAUGUUGAAGAAACCCAAGUGAGAAUUCCAGAGAAUAAUGGUGAAUUUGGAAGGCAUAGAGAAGAUGAGGCUCGUGAAUUGAGGAUUGGGGCAGUGGAAGAAGGUGGAAUUCGGGUCGAAAAUGGAGUAAACAUAGAUGGAAUUUUGGGUAAGAGUGAUCAUUUAGAGGUGGAUGAGGUUCAACCAAUGAGAAGAUCUGUUUCUAUGGAUUCCUUAUCAGCUUCAAUGAUCAGACUUGCCAUGGCUAAUGCUCAUCCAGAACAAUCUGUUGGGUUUUCGGAUUCCCAAUUCAUCAAAGUCCAUGAAUCAAACAGUGGUAUUGUUUCAAAGAGAUUUGAUGUUAAUCAGAGCUUGUUCAGAUUAGUGUGUAGUUCUUCAUUUGGAAGAUCAGUGCAAAAGGGGCCUGGUUCAAUGAAGAGAUCAUUUUCUUGUUCUGGGAAGGUAUUGUCAUCAAGGUACAACCAUAGCCGAAAACCUGUUCUUCCUUCAUGAAGCUUUUCAUGUUACUUUUGGUAUGGAUUUCCAAGUGUCAUGUCUGCAAAUUAGAUGUAUCAGGAACUCUCAACAAGCUGAGAGUUUCCAUAGAUUUCUGAACAAAGUCAUAUCACAAAGGAUGAUUCCUUGUAUAUGUCUCGAGACCCGCUAACGUCACGUCACGAGUCUCGUGCACUGGAUUGUUCUUUUUCUGGAGCUUAUGUUAUGUUUGAUUUCUUUUUCGCAUUUUGGCUAUGCAAUGUAUGAUAAAAUUGUACUUGGUAGCAAUGCUGGGGCAUUGGAAUUUUUUUAUGUUUCUGUUAGAAUUACUUGAAGUAAAUCACUGAGCUAAACCUAGUUGUUUGGGUCUAUGUUCUUUCAUAAUGAGACUUUGCA